CCUACAUUAUUUUGAGCAAGAUCGAGUGCGUCGUGCGUCAUAAUUCUAUAUUAUUCGAAAAUGAAUGUUUUUUAUAAACUGCAUCCUCUAGCUUAUAAAGUUGUUCAAAGAGUUAUGAAUAUAAAAUACAAUAAUAUAUAUAACAUUAAAAAUAAUACCAAGAUAAUAUAUCAGGAUAUUAGCUUACCUCAUAAAUUAAUAACGCUUUCUACGGCAUUAUCUUUUUUAUUAUGGCCUGUUAAAAGUAAAGAUGCUGCUGAAAAAAGUUGUACUCAAAAUAGUUUGCCCAUAGAAGAUGCAGACAAAUUAUUUGAAAAUGGCCACUAUGAAGAAUGCUAUAAAUUGCUAGCAGAACAUCAGGAAAAAGGUAAUGUGGAAGUUCAAUGGCGAAUUUGUCGAGCCUUGUACAACAUGUCAAAGGAAUCAAAAUAUGACAAACAAUACAAAAACAAUCUAGUUGUCCAAGCAUAUGAUAUAAUAUUUAAAGUAUUAAAUGAAACUGAAGACCAUUAUGCUGUACACAAGUGGUAUGCUUUAUUGCUGGAUGCUAAAAGUUCACUUGAAGGCAUCAAAGAGCGAAUAAGACAAUUAGAAAAUGUUAAAAAGCAUAUGGAUACAGCAGUGACAUUAAAUCCUAAUGAUGCUACGAGUUUACAUAUGCUUGGUGAAUGGUGUUAUCAAAUAGCCGAAAUGCCCUGGCACCACAGAAAAAUAGCUGAGGUUUUAUUUGCUUCUCCACCUUAUUCAACUUAUGAAGAAGCUCUAGAAUAUUUCUUAAAAGCGGAAGCAGUUCAGCCCCGUUUUUACAGUAUUAAUUUGUUAAGACUCGGGAAUUGCUAUCUGAAAUUAAAAAAAGAAGAUCAAGCAAAAUAUUACUUGCAGCUGGCUGCAAGUUAUCCAGCUAAAUCAAAUGAUGACCACAAAGCUAACACAGAAGCAGCAGAGUUGUUAAAAAAACUUAAAUAGAUUUUUUGACUGUGUAUAUAGAAUUAUUUUUAACAAUAUUUUACAUAUAAUGUUGUAGUUUAUUUACUUAUAAUUUAAAAAAUCCAUGACAGUUUGUCUAAAUUAUAUAAAAUUAAAAUUAUGAUGAUUAGUGAUCAAUUAGAUUCAUUACUGGUGGUGGUAGUAUGUGGCACUUUUUUGUCCACACCCACACAUAAAGUAAGAACUUUAACGUAAUUAAAUUUUUAUUUGAUUAUUGAGAGUA